AUUCAAUUCAUUCAUUCACAUAUAUACAUAUACAUACAACACAAUUACAAACAAACGCUGAAUUCGGAGAGUGACCUAAGAAUUGAAAGCGCGAUUAACGCUGCCCGACACUGUUCGACGCCUGUCCUUAACCAACGAAGCUUCAAUUACCCUUUCUCCAACCACAACGGCUAACCCAUACCCAUAACCACAUGCUGUAACACAACACAACACCCAACACACUCUUCUUCAAAUAUUUUAACCAUUUUUUCACCCUAAAUAAAAAUUAAAAUACCAUUCUGUGUUUUGUUUUUCUGUUUAUGCUGCUUGUGUUUUAUGUCUCUGAUUGUGUGUGGAGACUACACUAUUCAUGACUCUACACUACACUACACAACACAAAAUCCAACCAACAGAGUUAUAAUUUCCUCAACAUAAAUUCAACCCAGUUCUAGUUGCUAUUGUUAUUAUUACUUGUAUUAUAUUUAUUGUUGUUCUUGUCCCUCUUCUUCUCACUCCCAAAUCCCAAUUCUCAACCCCACGCCUCAUUCAAAGCUCAAAACCCAGAGAAUUAAUUCAACCAAUAGUUACAACUGGCAACUUAUACCCGUGUUCUUUUGUUUUUCUUUCUCUUUUUUCUUAUUUUUACAUGCUUGCUUCUUUCUUCUUUUUGUUCUUUUCAAUAUCAAACAACCCACACCCAUCCAGUUUUCUGAUAUGGAUUUUGGGCCACAAUUGAAGCUCGGGUCAGGUGCAGAACAAUGGCGGGUUUGUUCUCAUUAGGCGGAGGGAGAGGGACUAACAACAACCAGCAAGACAACACUACCAACAACAACGAGAUUCCUCCAGCCGAGACCCUAUUCUGGUAUAGCAAAACCGACGACGUUUCAUCCUACCGAGGGUUCGAGCUAUGGAACCAGCAGCAGGAGCAGCAUGUGAUGCCACCGCAUGCGCGCCCUCUCCUGCAGCGAGAUCUUUACUCCUCCGGUGUCGGACCCAGUCGAGGCGUCUCCGAUGAUCACUCCUCGUCUAGAUCAGCGUUUGUGGCGAUGCGCUCGGCGGAGGGUGGAAUAAGCUGCCAGGACUGCGGGAACCAAGCCAAAAAAGAUUGUCCACACAUGCGGUGCAGAACGUGCUGCAAGAGCCGCGGCUACGAGUGCCAAACCCAUGUCAAAAGCACUUGGGUUCCCGCUUCCAAACGUCGCGAGCGUCAGCAACAGCUCGCUGCCUUGCAAGAGCAGCAGCAACAACAGAGAGACCUUUCCAAACGGCCAAGGGACCCAACAGCUUGCACUCGUUUGCCCUCGUCAGGGUUAGAAGAAGGGCAUUUUCCAUCUGUGGUGAGUUCUCCUGCUGAGUUCAGGUGCGUGAGGGUUAGCUGCGUGGAGGAUGCUGAUGACAGGUAUGCAUAUCAAACGGCUGUGAACAUUGGGGGACAUCUGUUCAAAGGAAUCCUUUAUGACUAUGGUCCUGAGAAUAGCAAUAAUAAUAACAGUAAUAAUAGUAAUAAUUACAUGGCCGGGGAGACCUCUGCUGGUGUUGCUGGAGCUCAGCCCUUGAACCUCACUGCUUCUGGCGUUGUCACUUCUUCUGGGGCACUUGUUGAUCCUUCCUCCUUGUAUUCCGCUCCCGUCAACACUUUCAUGGGUGGCAGUGGUACGCAAUUCUUCCCUCACACAAGAUCUUGAAAAAGGAAAAACAAUAUGGGAACUAUGCGGAUUGUAUUCCACAUACUUCUCCUUCACCAACUUUGUGUUUCUAUCAUUUGAUGUUAUUGUUCUUCAGAACGAGGCCUAGAGGUAAAUUUGACACUCAUAUUGAAGUGAGAGAGAAAAAAAAAAAAAAGACAGGAGAGAACAAGAGAAAAUAUAUAUAUGGAUGUUUUUUUUUGUGCAAAUUAUCAAUGGUUAGUUCAAAAAUAGAUCAUUCUUCUUC